AUGAUCUUAAAAUGGUUACUUCUCGCUGGGGUUCUCUUUUCGCCAUCCUUUGGAGCGAACUUGGGAGAGGUUUGCAAUUUUUCUAUUUCAAGAAAAAAAAUUAAGAAAAAUUCGGACGCAUGAAAUUUUCCAAAUAGGAUGUAAAAAUUUUCACCAAUUUCGGACCAAUCACCCAAAAAGUGUCCCAAAAUGCAGAAAAAAGGGUCUUGUUUAUUUUCUCAUGUUUUAAUCUCAAUUUUUCACGUCAUUAAAGCAAAUUUAAUUUGUGUUUACUUAUAAAGAACAGCUGGGAUAGUUUCUGAUGUCUCCGUCCGCAAGUCGCUUUGAGUCGGACGCGGUUUGAAGCUUACUGCUUACUCUUAAGCGAUCAUAAGCUUCUCUGGCCACUUGGGAUGUAUAUGAAGCUCUUAUCAGCUUCGUAAAUUAAAAUUGUGAAUUUCAAUUGAGACAAUACACGAGUGGUGGAAUCGGGGCGAAGAAACCACAACGAGUAGACCACCUAUUAGAACUACUACCGCUGCAAAUGUAAGGACAACAACUUCAAUUAAAGCUCUGCCGCCACUUGAUUUUAAAUAUUCGACUUCCCAAAUACCGAAGGUCAACUUGAGACAGGUUCGAGUUAAAAGUAAUGCUUCGAAAUUUCAAAAACUGUCGAAGAAUAUUAUUAUUUUUCAUUUAGGCCGUGCGUGGCGUCACGCCAGAGCAACGCAAAAAGCGGCUCUAUUUAUUGGGUAAAAAAGUAAAAAUCAAAAGGAUCGACAAGAAGAGAUCGCAGGAAGUUCAAAAGGUUGCUUUUUUAUCGAUUUUUGUUUAAGGAUCUCCUUUCAUUGAAAUCGUAAACAACGGCUGAGUUCUUGCUAUUUCCAGUUCAUUCAGCGCUUUUUUGUACGAAUGCCUUGGAACAGCGAAAUCUGGAACGAUAGAAAAAUUCACUAUAAUUUUAAACUAACACGGGAAGUGCGAAAGGUCGAGGUAUUGGAAUUUAAUGAGACUUGGUAUAUAGGUACUUCCGAACACCCUGAAUCCAAAGCAGUUGAAGAAAAGUGCGCCUUUUUGGUUUUAGUCGAGUUAGGGCGCCUCAAAGUUUGCACGCAAAAAAUGCAUUGGAAGGGAGGAGGGAAUGUGUUGCGGCGGCUAACUCUAGCUGCCAGCAGGCGGCGUGGUGUAGUGGCUAGAGGCCUUGCGCUGUGAAACCUAUGAUGCAGGUUCGGUCCCUUUUUGGGAAGUUUAUUUUUGCCAUGAAGUUUUUUGAAAAAAUUGAUGAAUUUUUGAAGAUGGAACGAAAAAUACUGUUCAAAGUGUUAAAAUUCACUAUUUUAUUUCGUUUUGAGAAAGACUUUCAACAAAAAAAUUUUUUUAGUCUUUUUUUGUCCUGCUCUGUGCAGGAAAUUUGGGCGUCGAGAUUAAUCUUGCGAGAGUUCAUAGGUUUGUGAUAGAAAUAACAACUUAUUGUAGUUCUAUUCUUCUAUUCUUAUUCAUCAAACGAUUUUUCUUCAAAGAUGGCGGUUAGUUAACCCUUUUUCCUUGUCUUUUUUUCAUUCCCAGCAUCGCCAUAUCAUCUCGAUUGUGAAAAAUAAAGUGAAGCUGGACUUUGACACACAUUUUUUUACACACAUAACGUCGUAAAGGAGGGAAAGAAGAAUAAAUCUCAUAAAACUUUUGAUUUUAUUGGUUCAUCAGAAAUUUUUUUGAAGGAAUGGGUCGACCAUAAGCCUUAUGGUUAGGCAAGGGAAAAUGGAGAAAAAAAAUUUUUUGUCGAAAUUCUUUCUCAGAUGGGCGUAUAAUGGUGAAUUUCAAAAUUUUGUGCUGUUCUUUCACUCCAUCAUCAAAACCUCAUUUUUCAAAUAAAAAAAUUGGCAAAAAUAAAAUUUCACCAAAAAGGGUCCGAACCUGCAUCAUAGGUUUCACAGCGCAAGGCCGCUAGCCACUACACCACGCCGCCUGCUGGCAGCUAGAGUUAGCCGCCGCAACACAUUCCCUCCUCCCUUCCAAUGCAAUUUUUGCGUGCAAACUUUGAGGCGCCCUAACUCGACUAAAACCAAAAAGGCGCACUUUUUUCAGCUUUUUUGGAUUCAGGGUGUUCGGUAGUACCUAUAUAUCAAGUUUCAUUAAAUUCCAAUACCUGACCUUUCGCACUUCCCGUGUAAGCCUAGGUCAUUCAGAGAAAUGUUUUUCGACUCAAAACUGAAAAAUUGAUUUUAUGGGCUCUUUAAAUCUAUUGUCACUCGAAAUGCCGUGGUCUCACUUGCAAUGGCUUGUUUUGCAGACAAUCCCCAAAGUGAACCUGACUCCUAAAGUGGAACCAGAUCUUUUCGAAGUGAAUAAACGAGCUGGCCUCAAUGAUUACCUUUUCCAAGGCGAUAUGAACCUUGAAGAGUAAGUUUAGUUGGAUUUAUCAGAUAUUGUUGGUUUUCAGAUCUCAACUUGACAGUUUUGAAAAAUCACUCGGAAAAGACUCAUCGGGUAGAAAAAAGCGUCAGGUUUUGAAUAACGCGACGUUUUGGCCUGACAAUACCGUGUAUUUUUACUUUGAUUCUAGCAUUAGUAGGUCGUUUUGUGUUUAGGCUUGAAAAUAGAGAAUUUGAGGCUCGCGGAUUCGAGCAUCGGUGGCUGCUGCCCACAAGUACAUAUCGGACAGGACCUGUGUGAAAUUUGUUGAAGAUGCAACAAAGGAAAAUCGGGUCAAGGUGAAAUAAAUGAUUGCUUUUUACAAAAAAGGGUCAGUCCUUAUUAUUUUAUUGAAAUAAAAAGUACUUGAAAAAGCUGUGCUCAAGUUUAUUAUGUAAAAAACUAUUUUCUCUAUCAAUUUUUCUUUCUUCACUCUCCCUGUGUUUGACUGAAUUGACCCAAGGCUUUUUCAUCAUUAGCUUCUCAGGAAUUUCGUGUUUCAGGUAAUCGACACGGCAGGAUGUACCUCCAGUGUCGGUAUGGUCGGGGGCGAACAGACUUUGUCUCUUGGCUCGGGUUGUGAACAAGUAAAAGCUACCUAUAUGAAGGGAACUCCAGAUGUUUCCAGGUGGGAUUCGCAGCCCACGAGUUCACCCAUGUUCUGGGCUUCUUUCACGCUCAAAUGAGAUAUGACCGAGAUUCCUACAUUAUUAUUGACCUGACUGAUGUUGAAGCUGGGGCUGAGGUUCAAAAAUUUGGGGAAACAAUUUUUAAGGAAGGUUCACAGGUGGACUUUGUCAAGUAUGACGCGGCAAGUACGACAAAUAUUGUACCUUAUGACCUGGCUAGUAUUAUGCAUUACGGAGCGACGACGUGAGUUGAAUGUUUGGAAUAUUUCUAGGUUGACAUUAAAAAUUCAAAAAAAAAGAAAGAUUGCAUUUUGAUCGAUUUUUGAAGGUUCCAAAAGUUUUCCAACCCUUCUAGAAAAAGCUUACCGGAAAUUUCGAAGCUGUUAAAAUUACUUGAGUUCUUCGGAUUUUCGAAACGCCUCUAGCCUUUCUGAGAGUUCUCGGAUUUUUUUCAAGCCUUUUACAGCUCAAUUGGAUAUUUCCGUGCUCUUGUACAGGUUUUCUGAAGUUUUUGAAGCUAUUAAAAAUUAAAAAGACCCCUUGAUUAAUUUUUUAAAUCCUCAUUCUCCUAAGAUUCGUCAAAUCCGGAGGAAAGCCUUCAAUAGUCCCUCUUGACGGAUCGAUGAUCUACACGAUGGGAAAUCGGGCAAUCACUUUUUACGAUAUUCAAAUGAUCAAUAUUCACCUCUCGUGCAAAUGUAACUUUCUAUUGAUUCUGAAGAUUUCGCGACAUUUCAAGGCCCCGAAAAUGGUCUAAUCUGUGCAAAUGGCAGCUAUCCGAAUCCAAAUGAUUGCUCAAAAUGCAAUUGUCCGAUCGGCUACGGUGGAGAUCUGUGCAAUGAAAGGGUAAAUGGCUUUGAAUUUUGGGGAAAUGUGCCCUAUGGCUAAACAUAUCAAAAUUAGUUUUGGAGCACAUCUCACCGGUCCUUUCAAUUAUACACGACUUUUUUUUCCAGCCCAAGGCUGGAACUUGUGGAGCCACAUUAAUGGCGACCGCAAAUUGGCAGGAAGUAUCCUACAGUCUCGGGAAUAAUACUUUCUUGGCAUCUGCGAGGGAUGAUUUCGAUUUCUGUAUUCACUGGGUUCAGGUAUCCAAUCUUUUUCAGUUUCCGAAAAAAAUUAAUAGGAUGCGUGACCAAAGCUUACAGCUGAGAAGCUUCUAGAGCGCAUUUUUUUCUCGAAAAUUGAAAGUUUUUAUAAUGUGAGUAGGUUCUAAAGAAAAAGUUUAGGAUAUUUGAAAAAAAUCUCGAUUUAUCGAAGUAAUUUAUGUUGUGUCCGCGGGAGCCCAAAGUCGAAGGAAAAAAGGCGAAAAAGAAAUUUAGAAUGACUCAGAUUGUAGCGUUUGAAAACCUAUGUGACCUUCUGAGGUAUAUUCUAAUAAUUUUCGCUUUCCAGGCACCAUUUGGAAAGCAAAUUCAGUUCCAAAUCAUCUCUAGUUUUAAUCCUCAGUGCAGCUACGGUUGCAAAUUGAAUGGAAUUGAGCCCAAGAUCAACGCCGACCAGAAAAUGACCAAUAGAAAGUAUUUAUUUUCUUACCAUCUGAAAUUUGAAAAAAGUUAAAGGUACUGCUGUGACGAGUUCAACAACAAAAUCUUGACCUCUGAAGUGAAUCCGAUGCCCGUAGUUGCCUAUAAUCGAUACUAUUACACCACCUACACUUGGCAGUACAGAUAUGGUGGGUUCUGAUUACUUUGAAAAAAGAAAAAACAUUGAGUAGACCGAGCUAUCAUUUUUUUUAUGGAUAUGAAAACAUUUCAGUAAGGUUCAAGCUCACUCUUGAAUCUCAAAAAAGAUUAGAACCUUUUAAAGUUUAAUUAAGAAAGAUUUUUCUUAUAAAGGAAAAUUUUAAUGAGCUGAUUGAUCAAUUUUUUAUUCAGCUAAAGUUUUUCUACUUUUGUGCUAGUAUUGGCAACCGUUGUGGAGCAGUUUCCCGAGUGAUUUUCGACCCCUUGAAUUAAAUUGACACCCAUAGAAAUUUCAGAAAAGUUUCUCGGAGAAUUUGAUCACCAGAGAAACAAAUAACUAUGAUCACAACUCCCGAAGAUUUCAUAAAAUUAAAAUCCAUACAAGAAAGUUUUAACCAAAAGCGUUUUUCAUAUCUUUUCUGAGGAACUGCAAGAAUCUACUCUGAAAAAAAAACGACCAUUUUUGCAAAUAUGAUGAGCUUAGUUGACGCGGCCAACCCGCCAACGACGCCUCCUUCUGCCACCGGCAUCACUGUACCCAAAUGCUUCGAUAUCCUUGGGAGGUGAGUUUGAAGUUUACUUAUUUUCUAAUGAGAAAUAUUACUCUAGUUUCACCUGUGAGUCCUACAAAGCGUCUUCCUGUUUCACCGGGCAAAUCACUGAUGCUUUGAAACUCCAGUGUCCGACAACUUUCAAUCUUUGCAACAAGAAUUUGGUCCGCCAGCCCUGCACGGACUAUUAUUCAAGGUUUUCGUGGAAAAAAAAGCCCGAAAAGUCAUCUAAUGACGCCAUAAAACCAUUUUUUCAGCUGUUUCCAGUACAUGCUGAAAGGUCGAUGCUCGUCCGACCUAUCCCUGGUCGCAGAAUUCAACUGUCCGUUAACUUGUGGAUUUUGUCUCACACCCAACAAAUAA